UGCCGUGCAGCUUGCCCCAUCUUAAAAUGGCGAAUGGCGUCGCAAGGUGAUUGGUCAGACGGACAACCAAUCAAUUACCCGAAUUUGGGAUGUCAUGUGGUCUAAGGCCGCCCUGAUAAAUAAGUCCGUCCGUGGCUUCACCAACGCUUGAGCCAGUCAGGCAGUAGGCUAAGAAAAAGUAAGAGUGGGAACUGCGUGGAUGGCUUCCUGGACUCGACUUUUCAUAGCCAUCUGAUUCGAGAAGUGUUCCGCUCCAGAAGCUAACCCUCAUGCAGGCCGUUGACACGGGUCACCCGGAAGUUGAAACCUUUGACUUCCGGGCCACGAUUAGGAACGCCUCCUAAGGGCGGAUCUCGAGCGUUGAUUGGCUGUCAUGCACAUGGGCUCACAGUGAUUAGAGGGCUCGGAAGGAAGUGGCUCUGCCCCUCCGCGUCCCAAGACUACCUGGACCAUGGAGGUCCAGGCCCUGCGAGAGGAAUUGGACUCAAAGUGCCUACAGCUGCUUAGUGACCUGGAGGAACUGGAGGCGAAGAGGGCCGCACUGAACGCCCGGGUGGAGGAGGGUUGGCUUUCACUUGCCAAGGCUCGCUAUGCCAUGGGAGCCAAGUCGGUAGGGCCCCUGCAGUAUGCCUCGCGUAUGGAGCCUCAGGUCUGCGUGCGCGCCAGCGAGGCCCAGGAUGGACCCCAGACCUUCAGAGUGAUCAAAGCUAACGCCCAGAUCCCCGAGGAAGUGGGGCCUAGCGAAGCAUCUCUGCGCAGGCGCAAGGGCCCUACCAAGACCAAAGAGUCAGGAUCCUCUGUAGUUCCUCAAGAUCCCUUGAACUGGUUUGGAAUCUUGGUUCCUCAUAGUCUGCGGCAGGCCCAAGCCAGCUUCCGGGAUGGCCUACAGCUGGCUGCAGAUAUAGCCAGCCUCCAGACUCGCAUCAACUGGGGUCGAAGUCAGCUCCGAGGCCUCCAGAGAAAACUGAAGGAGUUGGACCCUGGGCCCGCCUGACCUGCAUCUACUUUUCGAGGCAUUGAGCAUAGCUGAUGUGGAUGCUACUGCCUUGUCUCAGGCCUUCUUUCAUAAACAGCCCCUGUCUUAGCUGAUGCCCCUCCUAGAUAUGUCCUUAGCCUGCACUGUUUCCAGCUUUUCGAGGCCUGAGGUUGAGUUAUGAAGUUUGAUGAAGCAAGCUACACAGUGUUGAGAGCAACUUGUUGUAGGCCCAUGGUCUCAAAUGGCCUUCCUCCCUGUGGCAAGACAGUGACCUCGUGAAUAACCUUGCAUCAGCCAGCUGGGAUAAUGAAAUGCAGGAAUGACAACUGGGAGGAAAGGGAGUCAAGCAGGACAAUUCCAGUCAGUAAACAUACCUCUGGCUGGGCAUGCUAGUGCAUACCAGUGAAAGACCCUCAGAUUGAGGAGACCCUCACUCCAAUCCUGAGGAUGCACACCACCCCACGAACACACGGGACUCACAUCUUGAUGCAAAAGCAAGAGGUUUACUCGGGAUACCAGUGCACCGGGGCUCGACACGGUCCUCACGCAGGAGGGAAGUGAAGAGCCCCGAACAGCAGAACCACACAGUUUAUAUAGGCAGUGCAAGUGAGAGGUAAAAUAAGAUCACAGCUAUUUUAGCACUAAAGGUGUCUGACUUGGCAGAUGUUUCCCGCCCUGCAGUUCUGAGAACAGGACAAUCUAUACCCUCUGUUUUUGUGGUCGGCUGACUUCCUGGGAAGUGGGUGGAAACAUGCUUUCUGUACUUUCUGGUCUAACGUCUAGGGGCUAAGCAGAGGCCAACUUAAAAUAUUUCACUCUUAAGAGAUGGCUGUACUGAUGUCAGGUGGGGAUCUUUCACCUGCAGUCGCAACAGCAGGAGGAUCACUUAAGACCUGGAAUGACAGACUAGCCUGGGCAAUGCACACACACACCCACCCACACACCCACACACCCACAAUAGCUCCAGGAAGUAUUGCUUCUGCAUAAAAGGUGGAGAUCAAGGAGACCUUUCUGAUUGCGUCAGCUUGUAGAAGUGAGACCCAGCCUCUUUUGCUGACUGUGUAUUCCCUCAUCUGGGAACCGUGUCCUGCUUCACUUUUUUUCUGAGCUAACUUUCCAGUUGGGGAGGGGAAUAUAAUUUUUUGUGGGGUGUAAAUAUUUCUUCCUAAUUUGUUAAUUUUGCUUAUAUUGGUUUUUCUACUUAUGAAUUAUAAAACACAAACUUGUACAGAAAAAAUUGAAUAAAGUGAAAGCUACAGUAACUCA